AUGCCCACGCCGACGCCGCUGCCGUCGCCCUCAGACCCGCCGCCGGACCCGUCGCUGCACGCUCGGCACGCCACCGUCGAGCGCGUCAUCGACCCGGAGUACUGGCGCGCGAUCUGUCCAGGCCUCUCCGUCGACGCAGCAGAUCCCGCGACGAUCGCGCCGGCAUCGUUCGCGUCCGCGGCGCCCGGCACCGCGCUGCACGCGCUCGGACGCGCGGCGCGAGACCGCGUCCUGAGAGACGGAUUCGCGAAGCUUCCCGCGGCGCCUCUGCGGCUGCGCGACGUCGCGGACGUGCGUCUGCUCGCGGCGUCCGCGAUACGCCUCGCGCAGCACGGAUGGAACCCGUCGUUCCUGCUCGCGUUCGACGAGACGUGGAUGGUGGCCGCGCAGCUCGCGGAGGUGGUCGCGCUCGUCACCGGCGGGAACAGGCUCAACUUCGACGCGCUGUGCUGGCACGUGGACCCGGUGGACGACGGCGACGGCGUCGACGACGCGUCGACCACCACGACCGCGUUCUCGCCGCACCGCGACCGGCAGCCCGACGACGCGCCCGCGACGUUCCGCGACGACGGCACCGCCAUGUACGCCACCGCGUGGAUCCCGUUCACGGACGCGACGACCGAGAACUCGUGCCUGCACUUCAUCCCGCGGCCGCACGACCCAGGGUACUUCGUGGGCGACGACGACGACCCGGACGCGAUGGAUAAGGACCCGCUGCGGCUGUGUCUGCCGAGCAAGGAGGCGUAUCAGAACAUCGCGGCGGCGCCCGCGGAGGCGGGCGCCGCGGUCGUCUUCACGCAUCGCGUGAUUCAUUGGGGCGGACGCGGGCGAGGCGGCCUGAGCUGGGCCAGCGCGGACGGCGAGGAGAGCAGUUGCCGAGUGGAGCCGCGCGUGUGCGUCUCGUUCGGGUUCGCGGACGACGCGUACGAGCCGGCGUACAUGUCGAGGGCGGACAACGCGCCGUUCCCGCCGUUGCGACGGAGGCUGGCGCUGAUCGCCGCGCAGAUGAUCGUAUAUCACGAGCGGUUCCCGUUCGAUCUCAGGGCGCUGACGCUGUUUCAUCAGCUCGCGACGCGCGAGGGCGCGGAGGGGGUGUUAGAGAAGGGGUACAGGAAGAAGGUGAUGUACGAGUACGUUCGCGCGGCGGCGGCGCUGGGGAGCGGCGGCGGGGAGAAGAAGCGCGGGAAGAGGAAGGACGACGGCGACGACGACGACGACGACGACGACGAUGACGACGACGCGUCGGACGACGACGACGGCGACGAAGACGACGCGAUGGAGCGCGCGUUGGACGCGAUGUUAGACGCGAAGAUGGAGGGCGGCGGCGACGAUUUCGAGGACGAUUUCGACGAUUACGAGGACGGCGUCUUGGAGGACGAAGACGGCGCGUCGCUUCUCGAGCCCGAGUCGAAAAAGAAAAGGCGACGGUAG